AUGGACCCCUCAAAGCCAUGGGUGGACCAGGCGUCGGCAAGUCCAGACGAUUCCACUACUUCGCAGAACCGUGACCGGCACGAGGUUCAAACUGUAGUCCCCCCGUCUUUGAUGGGGGUUUUACAACAGGUUUUCGAUCAGCUAGAUUAUGCUAUCGUGGCGAUUGACACCGCUGCCGACAACAUAGAAAAGAAAGACGCGAGGCAGCUCAAAACAACUAAAUGGCUGUGA